AGCAGAGCAAAACCACCAUGACUGCCUCCACAGCUGCCCUCGCUCUUCCUUCUCUCUCCCCCAAAAUCCUAGCCCUCUAUACCCCCAAAGCCGCCUCAAUCCCGCUCUACUCCGCCCUAGCGCUCGGCUGUAAACCCAUUUCAAUUUCAGCCUCGUUUCUCAACUCCGGGAAGGGGUUUCAAAGCGUUUCGUCUCGGUUCGUCCGAAACGUCGCCGUCUCGUCCGAGUUCGAGCAGGAUGAGGAGGUUCUCAGCGACGACGGAGAGGCCUCCCCUGAACCCAAGCUCUUCGUGGGUAACCUUCCCUUCAGCGUCGAUAGCGCUCAGCUCGCUGGAAUCUUCGAAAGCGCUGGAAAUGUCGAGAUGGUCGAGGUGAUAUAUGACAAGACGACCGGAAGAAGCAGAGGAUUUGGGUUUGUGACUAUGUCCAGUGUUCAAGAAGCUGAAUCUGCUGCUCGCCAGCUAAAUGGCUAUGAACUUGACGGCAGGGCAUUGAGGGUAAACUAUGGACCUCCUCCUCCUCGGACUGAGGAUUCCUCUUUCAGAGGUGCCAGAGGUCCCAGAGGUGGUGGUGGUGGUUAUGACUCUAACAACCGCCUUUACGUGGGCAACCUUGCAUGGGGUGUUGACAAUUUGGCUCUUGAGAACUUGUUUAGUGAGCAAGGAAAGGUUUUGGAAGCCAAGGUAGUUUUUGACAGGGACAGUGGCAGAUCGAGGGGUUUCGGUUUUGUAACUUAUGAUACUGCUGAUGAAAUGAACAGUGCCAUUGAAUCAUUGGAUGGAGUUGACUUGAAUGGAAGAUCUAUCCGAGUGUCUGCAGCAGAACCUAGGCCAAGGCGUCAGUUUUAAAUAUUUCUAGGAUUGUAGCUGUGCCCCCAUUGCUUUAUCAAGAACGACAAGCUCAUGCUGCCUUGCGCCACGGCUGGCUUCGUGAGCGGUAGUGGUGGUUUUUUUACAUCUGCCUGUAGAUGGACAAGAGCAGAGAAGAAUGUUUUGAGAGUUGUAAGAUUUAUAUUCCGAGUGGCUUGGCCCAGUUAAAGAACUGAUUGUGAUCAACUUAUUUUGACAGUUUAUAGAUUUGGUACAUCAAAAUCAUUACUGCA